AUGGGCAUCAUAUUCGCCCUUUUCCAACAUUUUCUAUACACCUAUCUUCACCACCGGCACAUCGAAGACGAGAACAAAAAGUUUCGCUGGGUGCUCUACGGCCGCGCACUCGCCUUCCUUGCGAAGGUUGCCUUUGGCGGAUGCGUAAUUGUGGUCUUUCGGCAGCGGAUCUGGAGGACGUUCAGGGAGCGCGCGUUGUCGGUGCUGAGCAUUGAUCAGCUAUUCGGCGCCACUGAAGAUCCAUCACUCUUUAUGAACUGGGAAACGGUGUCGAACGCUCCCAUUCUUGUCACAAUCGCCUUGGUUAUUUGGAUCAUUCCUCUGGCUACCAUCAUCUUCUCUCCCGGUGCGCUCACAUUCGGCAACUACCUGGAGAAAGAGACAAUAAACCGCAUGGUGCCUACCAUCAACUUCAAAUCCGAGUCCAACAAGGAUUGGCGUAAUCCAGUCAAGAUGGCAGAUGGUUCCAACAGAAGAUCCGUCAUGUUUUACAAUACGACAGAUAAGUCAGGUACGCAGCCUGGAUGGUUUGACUACUAUGAUCAACCCUCUGCGGAACUCAGACGAAUCGCGCUUUUGCUCGCAUACAGCAAUAUGGAUCGUCCCAAUAUUCAACAAGGUGCUCGGCAACAAAUCUGCGGAGGCUCAAACAAUGGAGGAGCAUUCAAUUGCAGCUACGAACAAACUUUCGUCGGACCCGGCUACCAGUGUUCAGAGGUUGCAAGUGGCUAUGGCGAUACGGGAAGAUUGAAAGAGUAUGGUGCUCCCUUCAACAUGAGCGAAUUGGCUCCCGAGGGGCGCUAUGUAUACUACUCGGAAGUCGAUCAAGGAGCCUACGUGCGCCCGCAAGCUGGCACGUUUCUCAAAGGGCCCGGGGGUAUUCCAGUAGGCGACCCGGACCCCAGCUUAGGUGUUUUCAAAUCGGAGCCUGUGCUAUGGGUUGGUUACUCGGUGAACUCGACGGAGCCGCUGUCCAAAGAUGACCCCCUCGCUACAAACUGGACGCAUCGCUACGACCCUGCCAUCAUCCGCUGUGUCCACAUGGAAACAAAGUACACAGUCAGGUGGGACUAUAUAGAGCCUUCCUUCCUUUCCACGGCCAAGCGCGAGUAUCUUGCGCCGAUUGUGGAUACGAACUUUUUACGCAUGGACAACGGCGACCUUGAUCUAAGUGAGGAUCCUCAACCCAAGGAAAACUGGAUUAGCCCACGGAACAAUGUCGAGCUGUACAAGAAGACUGCUGCAUACCAUGCUAUAGGCGACAUGUUCCGGGACUUCCUCCGUGGACACGUGGACCUCGCGCCUCCCCUACCCGGACCUUACUAUGCACAGGUCUACUCCGAUGUCACCAAAACGCGGCUCGUCGAGAAGAACAGCGAGCCGAAAAAGAAUCUGACCGAGGAGAUUGAAGCCUUCUAUUCAGACAUGGUUCUGUCCCUCUUUUCUGCGCCCGAAAUGCUUCCCAUUGACGAGGAAAAAGUCACAAUGAACCGAUCGCGCAUCCAGUCGUCUUUCGUCUACGUGCCCGAGAGGCUAUGGCAGUGCUACGCUCCAGUCAUCUUCGUCACACUCAUCAUCAUGCUCUUUGGCGCCUUCACGAUAUGGGAAGAUGGGACUACUUUCUCUGCUGGCUUCUCGCGCAUUCUGGUCACUACGCGAAACACGACGUUGGACGACAUCAGUCGCGGGGCGUGCCUUGGAAACGACCCGUUCCCAAUGGAACUCAUGCAUACAAGACUCAAAUUCGGCGUUUUGGCUGAUGGCAGUGAGGCUGAAUAUAUGGGUGGGGACGGCUAUCAGGGCGUAGGCCAUUGUGCCUUUGGAGUUGCGUCGGAAGUUGGUCCGAUUAUAAGAGGCGUGCCAUACGCUGGCUUACCCGAUGCAGGCCUGAAACGUCGGGCAAAACGUGAAAAUGGGACAGAAAAGGAGGUGGACUAG